AAAUUAAAAGAAAACAGUGAAUUUAAUUUCAAGAAGAUCAAUAUUAUAACAUAUAUAUAAUUGAAGUUCUAUAAAUUUAACAUGCUUUUUAUUUAUUUCGAGGUAUAACAUAAUAGAACAUUCACAAUGAACAAGAAACGGAAGACUCAUUUAUUCGAUUUGUAUUGGGAAGACAUAAUAGUGGCAAAAAUUAUGCCUCUACUUACUAUUCAGGAAUGUUUUAUAUUUCGCAGUGUAUCACGGACUUGUCUCCAAAUUGUCAAUAUGUAUUUUUCUAAGUUAAAGUCUUUGAAACUGAUGAAGAAGAGGUUUUCGCCUCACACCUUUAAUGUAUUUGUCACUACAUGUUCGAAACUUAAACUGCUCAAUUUAAGUAGAUGUGAUUCAAUAACAGAUACAGAAUUGAUACCUAUAUUACGUAAAAAUACUGGAUUGAUUCAUUUAAAUUUGAGCCAAUGCAAGAACCUGACUGCAAAAUGCCUACAACCUGUUAUACUAUAUUGUGAUAAUUUACAAAUUCUGAAGUUAGCAAGGUGUUCUUGGCUCACAACAGGCGCUAUUGAAGCCUUAGCUCUUCAUAAGAGUAAAAUAGAAGAUAUAGAUUUAGCCUAUUGUGUUUCAAUAUCUGAAAGUGGUAUAUUGAUAUUCAUAAAAAAGUUUCGACAGAUAAAGACAUUAAAUCUGGAGGGUAAUAAACAGGUAACAGAUAAGUGUUUAUACACAAUGUCGAAGUAUAGUAAAUCUCUGAAGCUUCUCAACUUGAGUGGCUGUUGUGAUGUCACUGAUAAGGGAGUAAGAGCUCUAGCUCUCCAUUUGCCACAGCUGGAAGGUUUACUUGUGCGAGGAUGCACCAAAGUCACAGAAAACAGCCUACAACUCAUGCGACCUCGAGUCCAUCUUGAUCGAAGACCAUCGCAAGCAGUGCCGUUACCUAUGUAUGUGCAAAUAUAAUUGUGGUUGUGUUAUUGCUUAAUUUAGAAUAUACUUAUCAAGACUUAUGUAAAUAUAUGACUAUUGUAGGAACUAAAUUGUAAUAAUGUUUUUCCUUUAUUAUUAUUAUUACAUUUUUUUUUACUAAUAGCUCCUGCUUAUUACCCAAUCCAUCUUUCUAAAUAGAUAAAUUAUUUAGUAAAUAAAAUAUUUAAUGAUAUUACCAUUUUAUAUAAAAAAUAUAAAUGAAUGGGUUAAGUAAGAAUUGCCCCUGAUGAGAAUGUAAGAAACUGUUAUUAUAAUAUUUGUUUAAACUUUUAUAGGCUGUAAGAGAAGUAUUUAAGAUCUCAAUAUUUUUUACAUAUUUGUUAUUAAUAUAUUAGAUACAUUUAUUUUUUGUUUCUUGUAAAUAUUUAAAUAAAAUUUUAAUACAUUA